CCGCCGCCUCCAUCUUGGCGGAGCGGCGCGUUUGGGGGUCCCGGCCCGGAGCGGGGGGGCGGGCCCGGCCCGGUUUGGGGGGUCCCGACCCGGACUGGGGUUCCCGGCCCGGAUUGGGGGGUUCCGGGCUGGACUGGGGGGUCUCUGCCCGGAUUGGGGGGGUCCCAGGUCGGACUGAGAGUCCUGGCCCGGAUCGGGGGGUCCCAGGUCGGACUGAGAGUCCUGGCCCGGAUCGGGGGGUCCCAGGUCGGACUGAGGGUCCUGGCCCGGAUCCGGGGGUCCCGGCCCGGACUGGGGGGUCCCGGUUGGGACUGAGGGUUUCGGCCCGGAUCGGGGGGUCCUGGCCAGGAUUGGGGGGUUCCCCUUGGGUGCAGCCCCUGCAGGGCGGUGCAGGAUUUUGGGGUCCCCCGCGGUGCAGCCCUUAGAGGGGAGUGCAGGAUUUUUGGGGGUACCCUUGGGUGCAGCCCCUUGAGGGCAGUGCAGGAUUUUGGGGUUCCCUUGAGUGCAGCCCUUAGAGGGCAGUGCAGGAUUUUGGGGUUCCCUUGAGUGCAGCCCUUAGAGGGCAGUGCAGGAUUUUGGGGGGUCCCCUUGGGUUCAGGGCAGUGCCGGAUUUUGGGGUCCCCUUGGGUGCAGCCCCUUGAGGGCAGUGCAGGAUUUUGGGAUCCCCUUGGGUGCAGCCCCCACAGGGCAGUGCAGGAUUUUGGGGUCCCCUUGGGUGCAGCCCCUGGGGUUGGUCUGCAGAACUCGCCCCCCCCGGAGCUGCCGCCUCUCAGGGGUUUUGGGGGUCCCCCUGAGGUGUUCCCUGUGAGUGGGGGUGUUGCUGGGUUUUGGGGCUCAUUCGCCUGUGGUAGCAGGGUUUGGGGGUCCCCAAAUUAGUCACUGCAGGAGAGGGUCCUCAGGAGGUCGGGGGGGCUUUGGUACCCCCAGGAAUCAGGGGGAGGUGUUGAGGUGCCCUGAGGAGCCCCUGGCUUGGGGUGACACUGAAGACCCCGUUUAGGAGUGACCCCCAGCCCCAAUCGGUUUGGGGUGACCCCAAGAACCCCUCACACUUGAGGUACCCCCCUAACCAGCUGAUUUUGGGGGUGACCCCUGCCAGCCCCUUUUUGGGGUGACCCCAAGGACCCACGCGUUUGGGAGUGCCCCAAACCCCGCUUUUGCCUUGUCCCCAAGACACCCCCCUUUUUGAGUACCCCCCGACCCCCCCCCCCUUUUUGGGUGACCCUGAGGACCCCCCGGUUUUGGGGGUGACCCGUUGGCCGUUUUUGGGGUGCUGGGGCCAUGGCGUGGGCGCUGAAGCUGCCGCUGGCGGAUGAGGUGAUCGAGUCAGGGCUGGUGCAGGAUUUCGAUGCCAGCCUCUCGGGCAUCGGGCAGGAGCUCGGCGCCGGCGCCUACAGCAUGAGCGACGUCCUGGCUCUGCCCAUCUUCAAGCAGGAGGAGUCCAGCCUGCCCCCCGAGAGCCAGGACAAGCUGCUGCCCUUCCAGUACGUGCUGUGCGCCGCCACCUCGCCCGCUGUCAAGCUGCACGACGAGACCCUCACCUACCUCAACCAAGGUCAAUCCUACGAGAUCCGUAUGUUGGACAACAGGAAACUCGGGGAGCUGCCCGAGAUCAAUGGGAAGCUGGUCAAGAGCAUCUUCCGGGUGGUUUUCCACGACCGGCGGCUGCAGUACACGGAGCACCAGCAGCUGGAGGGCUGGAGGUGGAACAGACCUGGCGACAGGAUCCUGGACAUAGAUAUCCCGAUGUCCGUGGGGAUCAUCGACCCCCGCGCGAACCCGACGCAGCUCAACACCGUGGAGUUCCUGUGGGACCCCUCCAAGAGGACGUCGGUCUUCAUCCAGGUGCACUGCAUCAGCACGGAGUUCACGCUGCGCAAGCACGGUGGCGAGAAGGGCGUUCCCUUCCGCGUGCAGAUCGACACCUUCAGGGAGAACGAGAGCGGCGAGUACACCGAGCACCUGCACUCCGCCAGCUGCCAGAUCAAGGUGUUCAAGCCCAAAGGAGCCGACCGGAAGCAGAAGACGGACCGGGAGAAGAUGGAGAAGCGAACGCCCCACGAGAAGGAGAAGUACCAGCCCUCCUACGAGACCACCAUCCUGACCGAGUGCUCGCCCUGGCCUGAGGUCACCUACGUGCCCAAUGCGCCCUCGCCCGGCUUCAACAGCUCCCACAGCAGCUUCUCCAUCGGCGACGGCAGUGGGUCCCCGAGCCACCAGCCCGACCCCCCCGCGCCCCUGGCUGACACGCUGCUGCCCACCUGGAGCCCGCAGGAGGCCCAGCAGUGGCUGCACCGCAACCGCUUCUCCACCUUCUCACGGCUCUUCAGGAACUUCUCAGGGGCAGACCUGCUGAAGCUGACACGGGAGGACGUGAUCCAGAUCUGCGGCCCCGCUGAUGGCAUCCGGCUCUUCAACGCCCUCAAGGGCAGGAUGGUGCGGCCCCGCCUGACCAUCUACGUGUGCCAGGAGUCACAGCAGGUGAGGGAGCCCCAGCACGAGCACGAGGACGGCGACGGCAGCAGCGGCACCUUCUUUGUGUACCACGCCGUGUACCUGGAGGAGCUGACGGCGGCCGAGCUGGCCGAGAAGCUGGCACAGCUGUUCCGGGUGCCCGCCCAGCACAUCCAGCACAUCUACAAACAGGGCCCCACGGGCAUCCACGUGCUGGUCAGCGACCAGAUGAUCCAGAACUUCCAGGAUGAAUCCUGCUUCAUCCUGGACACCCUGAAAGCCGAAACCAAUGACAGCUACCACAUCAUCCUGAAGUAGGGGGCCAGGUGAGGGACAGGUGAGGAGCACCUGCAGCCUCUCAGCACACCUGGAGACCCUCCACUCCCAGCACGAGGACACAGCAGAAAUCUGGGAACCCCCCAGGUGUUGUUACCUGGCCACCCCCCCUCACAGGGAACACCUGGAGAGCCCCCAGGUGUGGUCACCUGGCAGCCCUGCCCACAGGUGACUCCUGGCAUGGACAGGAUGCUCCACAGCUGGAGCUCUGGGGCACCAGGUGUGCACCCACCUGGGACAGGUGUUGCCUCCAGGUGGGUGCAGGUGUGAUCUCAUAAGGUCAUCAAGAAUUCCAGAUCCAGAUUUAAUUACGGAAAAUUGGAGGAUAAAGGAAUAACUGGGGGUGGGGGGUGGGGAGGGGACAAUGCUGAGUGCUUUGGGGAGAAAAGCAAAUAUUUGGCUCUUUCUGCUGAAUAUGUGAAGUGAUUGAAGUGGCUCUGGGCAGGUGUCCAGGUGAGGGAUCUGCCCAGGUGUGGGAGGUUGAUCCCCAGAUCCCUCAGACCUGGAUGCUCCAGGUAACACCAGCCUCAGCCCCUCCGGUGUUUCAGGCAAAAAAAAAAAAAACAGGAAAAAAGACAAUAAACCCCAAGGAUUUGAUUUAAAUAAAGCCAGGGUGGGACCCAGGUGUGGCAGG